GCAGACGUUUAUAGUUCAUAUAAAUGGCUCAGACUCUAUAUUUCAGUCUUCUUGUCAUUGCUCUCUGUUCAUCAUCUGAAUGCUCUCAGCGCCGCUAUCACUAUAUAAACAUUGAGAAGACCUGGACUGGAGCACAGAGAUACUGCAGAGAGAACUACACAGAUCUGGCCACAGUCAACAACAUCAAUGACAUGAAACAACUUAUGAACACUGAAGAACUGAACGAGCUGAAGAAGACUGUGAAUAAUAGUCUGGAAAUAAAGGUCUGGAUUGGGCUGAAGAGAACAGGUGUUUAUAAAUGGAAGUGGUCUCUGGGUGAUCCUGUGAAAUAUCUGAACUGGGAAACUGAACCAUCAAAUGUCACAAAUAAUUGUACUGUUAUGAGAAAUGGAAAAUGGCGUCAGCAGGACUGUAAUGUGCCGUCACAGUUCAUCUGCUACAAUGAAAGCAGUAAAUCAUACAUCAUUGAUACUUCUAAUAAAACAUGGAGAGAAGCUCAGAGUUUCUGCAGACAGUAUCAUACUGAUCUGACCAGUGUGAGGAACCAGACUGACAAUCAACUGAUCCACAACAUCAUUAAUGAUCCUCACACAUCUGUCUGGAUUGGUCUGUUCAGAGACUCGUGGGAGUGGUCAGAUAACACUGACUCCGCCUUCAGAAACUGGAGGUCUGGUGAACCUAGUUUAAAUUAUAAUGGUGUUUUUGAAGAUUGUACACAGUUGAUAAUGAAUGAUCAGGGUCAAUGGAACGAUGAACCCUGCAGUCGCUCUCACACUUUUGUGUGUCAUGAAGAUGAGCUGAUAUUGAUCCAGAAGAAUCUGAGCUGGACUGAAGCUGUGAGAUACUGCAGAGAGAAUCAUGUGGAUCUGGUUUCAGUUGAUUCAGAGAAGAUUCAGCUCAUAGUGACUGAAGUUCUCCAUCAGGCCUCGACUGCUGAGGUGUGGCUGGGGUUACACUAUUACUGUCUCAUGAAUCUCUGGAUCUGGGUACGAGGAGAGGUGGUCUGCUAUCAGAAUUGGGCUCCAGGGGUUCAGAUUCAACUGAAGGACUGCAGCGGUGAACACAGAGCUGGAGCGGUUCAGUCUGGAGGAGAUCAUCUCUGGAUCAGCCAUCCUCGAUCCCAAGAACUCAACUUUAUCUGCACCAGACAUGGUUCAACAUGAACAGAUGUGUGUCUGCUACCAUCUGUGAUACACAAUAUUGUUCAUUCUGACACAAUUUAGUUUUCUUAGUAACUGUUGAAUGAUAGGACAUAUAGAUGUAUUUUGAC